CUCUGAGGAAACCUGGCCUGCGGUCAUAGGGGCGAGAAGGCUCUAGGAACAAAACCAAAAAGAAGCUGAACAAGGAAGCAGCGAGGCCCGGAGAAAAGCAGAAGCAGGAGCCUCGGUUUCGGCUUCUUCCUCCUCAGCGGGCACAGGCCCGGCCGGAGCUGCCGGAGAGAUGGCCCCGAGGAGCCAGGCCACAUGGCUGCCCCGAGCGCUGCUGCUUCUCUGCGUCCCAGGCUGUUGGUGUCUGGGCAGCCCCCGCAUGGUGAAGGGCUUCGUGGGCAGAUCCCUGAACGUGACGUGUCACUACAAGGACAAAUACGCAGGACAAGUCAAGUACUGGUGCAGAGACUCAUGUUGGACCUCUCAGAAAAAGAUCGUGGAGACCAGCAAGUCAGGGAGAGAAGGGAGGCGCGGCCGCGUGUCCAUCAGGGACCAUCCAGCCAACCUGACCUUCACAGUGACCGUGGAGAACCUCACAGAGGCUGAUGCAGGAACGUACUAUUGUGGGAUUGACACAGUUUUAUCAUUCGACCCCACGUUCCGGGUUGAGGUGUCUGUGUCCCCAGCAUCAACGUCAACCCCAACUGCAGUUGCCACCACAGCCACCAACUUGACAAUCACAAUGCAGAUGACCACCCAGACAUCCACUGCCCUGGCCACCCACAGCACUAGCCAGGAGGAGCCCCGGCAGAACCCUCGGUCCCCCGUGCUGCUUUCCCUGUUAGCCCUUGUGCUGCUUUUGUUGCUGGGGAUCUCGCUGCUGGCCUGGAGGAUGAUUCCAAGGCAGGUCAAAGCUGCUAAGAAUUCAGGGCCACUGCAGAACUCCAGUCAGGGUGAGCCCUACUAUGCAAAUAUGGAGCUGAAGACGAGGCCCCUUCAGAGUGAGCCCAGGCACCCCCCGCAGGUGGACGUGGAGUACAGCACGGUGGAGGCUCCCCGGGAAGAGCUGCUCUACACCACCGUGGUGUUUGACGCCCAGAGCCAGGAUUCUGCGGCCAGAGGGCUGCCCCCUCAGAGGCCCACGCAGCUGGAGCCCAUGUACAGCGUGGUGAGAAGGAACUGAGCCUGAGGCGGCCUCGCCCUGGAGGCUCCGGGCGAGCACCUGCCCUCGGCCUCUCUAAGUCCCCUCCCCGGUGGCGGAGGAGGCAGCUGGGCUCCCUUGGGUGUCCAUCGGGCACUGUGAGUCCGCAGGCUUCUUUGAGGACCAUCAGGGAUGGGGUUCUGGAGGGACCCGGGGGACCCCUCCGCCUGCUGCUCUUGCCGUCUUUCCCCUCGACUCUGCGGGCGCGGCCCCUGUCACCCCAGGCAAGCAUGUGGCUCCGGUGGUGCCCACGGGAGCUUUGUAACCCUCAGCACCUGGAAGUGUCUGGAAUGCCAGGGAGCAGGGACUGGGGCGAGCUGGCAGAGAGCCAGGAGCAGAGCUGGCUCUAAAUGGACCUUUCGGCCUCGACCACGGGGGAGGAGCCUGGUCCCGAGGCUGCAGGGCCCCAGGACCCACGUCCUGCUGGACUCUGGUUCAUUUUAUAUAAGAGAGAGCAAUAAAA